CUCCCCCCCUCCCAAAUUGUCCCAUCAUCUCCAACAAAAGUGCCUGACCGCACCAUCAACAUCAUCACCGCCCUGGCCCUUCUCCCUCCUCAUCCAUCGCCCUGUCUCGUCCUCACGGCCGUAUCUUGUUCCCGCGCGUCGCCGCACGCAUCUUCUUCGUGUAUCACCACUUUGCCGCGCUCUCGUUUGUAUUGAUCAUCGUUCUUGUCCUCUUUCCCUUGUAUCCAUAGCUCCCUUGUCACGCACGCACCUCUCCCCCUCCGACUCUCCAUCACCGUCAAGCCGAACGAGGCUAUCGGAUUUGACAUCUGCGGACCGUCAACCCUCAGCGAACCAUCACAAUCGCCCUCGAACCCUCGAUAUACCUACCAAGCCUUUCUCUUGGAGAAUAAUGUUCCUGUAAUUGAGCGAAUAGUUCCGGACGCCAUGGACGGGACCUACAACAAUCCUUUUGCGCAAGGGCAGUCGCCCAUGACACCGGACACUCCCACGGGCGGAAGCUAUCAGGUUAACAUCAACCGCAAGAAGACGAGGAAAUGGGUUGAAGCGAAGGUUCAGAAUUAUGAUGGUGACGAUUGGGGCGACGAUGAUUUCGACGACGAGCCCGAGCCCGUUCCUCCUCCUGUCUCGCGUGUCACCAGUGGCCUUCGCCCUAUCGGCCAGCGCCUCCCGUCCGAAACACAUAGGCCUUCUCCGAGGUUGGCUGCCGUCGCCUCUAGCUCUCGAAGCUCCAGCGGCCCCCCUUCACUCCAUCUCCAUACCGAGCAGCCCUCCACGACCGAGGCUGAAAACACGGCGCCCCCAAUUCAUACUGUUCCAGCCCAUGUUCAGGAUUCGGCUCGAAAUAGCCCCUCUCCUCUCUCCGGGCGAAAUGCGUCACCAGCCCCCCUCCCAUCUCAAGCGCCUUCCUCGGUGGCAGGUUUCCAAGUCGAAACUCGCUCUUCUACUCCUCAUAGCGCCGCAAGCUCUACGCCUGCGCGACCCGACCCUCAAGCUCGACCCUCGGAGAUGUACCGGCGCAUGGAGGAGAACCGCAAGUCCUCAGGCUCGCCACAGUCGACCGCAGAUAAGGCCGCUCCGCAGCCCAGUGAACGAUCGACGCCGCCUUUGGAUGAGUCCAAUCGCCUGGUGACCAACGCACCAGCGCCACCUCCGGCGAACGAGAAAGGAGAACUGGUUGCCGAUCCCUAUCAGGAUAUAGAUCGCGCACGAUCAGUUAGCCCGAAGUUACCUGAUGUUAACCGCAUUUCCGUGUUUGGGUCCGAUUUCUUUGUCACUCCGAUGGAGGAGCCGCAAGAUCCUAUGAAGCAAGAUCAACCCAAGGCUCCGGAACCACCGGCAACGGAAGCAUUCUCCAGCAAGAGUGUUGCCGCUGAACAACCCGAGAACGCGACAACGCUGCCAGCUAAUGCACCAAGCAUUUUCCAAGACUCCGUGGAAUCCCAGUCGCAACAGGGUGAACAGUCUUCUCUUUCCGCACGUUCCCUCGAUGACAGCAAGCCUUCUGUCAACCUAGUAAGCCAGGCACCUAUCCUGUCUCCUGUGCCGGAUCCUCGAUCCAUCCCGCCUCUACGUACCCCAAGCCCUCAUUCCAAGGGAAUCGCUCCUCCGGAAAUUCAUAAUGCGGCGACGCUUCAAGUGGCUGGUACUCCUCCCCCGUCGAUGACCCCCGACAUCACCCCCACAGAGCCUUUGCAGCCUCGUCGUCCGGACUAUUCCCCCUCGGACUUCCAGCCUCCGCCGGUUCAACGAGAGCCUACCUUGAGCACCGCCACAUCGUCACCUGUUAAGGAGAAUGAUAUGUUGAGUGAUGAAAUCAUGAGGACUCUCAGUCCUAUCGCAACCGCUCCUACUCCAAGUCCCCUUGGAGAAAACGUCACUUCGCUCGCGCCUGGUAACAGGGGGGACACCCGUAACAGUAGCUAUACCCUUAGUGAUUACGACAGCUAUUGGGACGAUGCCACAGGGAAGCCAGGAUCUGAGGAGAAGAAGGAUGAGGAACCAGCUGCUGCAGCCGUACAAUCGGGUGUGCCAGUGUCUCAAGCACCGAUUCCACCGGCUGGCAUUCCCUCAUCUAACGUACCGGCUUUGGCUCCUUCGAGUGGACCGAAUGAGGCACCCAGCCAAGCCCAGCCAGACCUCCGACGGCGGUUCUCUUGGGAAGCAGGAUUUAAUCCUGCACCGCUUGCACCACCAGCGGAUGAACCCGCAAAGGAGGGUAUUCCUGGCAUUAACACUCCGUCAUCGCUUGGGCAAUCUGACAUUCAGUCCUCGAAGGAUGUCGUGUCCGAUAUUACCAGCCCAUUGGUUGAGACUCCGAGGAUCGUGAUACCCCCUUCUUCUGGAGGAAUCUCCCAACAGGUUUCGAUGUCUAGCAUGGCACCGCCUUCGCAGCUGCCGUCAAUGCUCGAGCCUCCUUCUCCUGUUUCAACUCGGACAGAUGAGAGCACCACGCAUGCUCCCGAAAACCGGCGUCCGUCUCUUUUGGAUGACAAGAUGCUAACGGAGAUUGCUUCACACCCUGUGUCGAUGACUCCCCCUCCUCCUCCAGAUGAGCGCCCAACAACGUCAACUUCUGCAGCUCCUUCUGGUCAGCUGCCACAGGUGAUGGGAGUCAAGGAAAUUAUGGGACUGCCCACUCCAGCUCAGAGGAUCGCCAAGUACGAAGAGUCGCGGAUAGCCUUCGCUGUAGCCGAAUCAGGCUUGGAGAAUUGGCUUCUAUCCAUGAAGAACCAGCACCCGGAGUAUGCUAAUGCAACAUCAUCAUUCAGCGGAGCAAGCCAUCAAACUUUCAGUCAAGGAGCCCCUCCUACAAGUUCGAGCGGGCCCAAUCCCACAACGCAGCAACCGUAUUACCAACAAUACCUGAACGCCAGCACGCCUACAUCCAGCGCACCCAGCUCCAGUCGCUCGAGACUUGGCGGGUUGCCAAUUUCGACACAAGCCGCCAGCAGCGCUUUUGGAAACUCUAGCAACCAGAUUGGCACGAAGAGCAAGGAGUUUAUGCACUCAGCCGGAAAGAUUACCGGAAAGUUUAGCAAGGGAUUAUUGAGCAAGGGGAAGAGCAAAUUGCGCGGAACCGGGGACAAGGACGAACCCAUCCCUCCCCGCGUGGUGCAUCCCAAGGUCAAGAAUGAGAGGCGUUCUUCAUGGGGUUUGAGCAUUGGUGCAAGAUCCCGCGCAGGGCCCGCGGACAAAGAAAGGAGGACGGUUAGUGCGGCGGGCCUCCCGUACCAAGCUCCCCCAUCGUCCCACUCGACUCGUAUGCAUCUUUUCCGCCCUGCGUCUCAAGUCAGCGAAUCAGGUAGGCGGCAUUUCUCGGUUGAGAUCCAAGGUUCCAGGCCGAUGUAUGAUGAGCAAGGACCGCCGGGCUCUAACAGUAAAGACCGCGAAGAUGUGACCAAAUGGGAGAUUCCUUCGCCGAUCAGCCAUGACAGCACGCCCUGGAAUCCCUUCAAAGACGCAGGCAUGGCCACGGACUUGACCAGGGAUGAUGUGUCCGAGCACUCGGGUGUCCAAUUGGACGCCCAAAGCCAGCCCUUGCCAUCUAAACCCGUGGCGCAGGGCGAGUCUAAGGUUCAGGCUUCUGAUGAGUGGGUGGUGGCAUCCCCGCAAACUGCGGCCUCGAUCCGCUUGGUGCCGGACAACCCGGCCGCGGCUGCUGCGGCUAAGGCGCUUCCCGAGGCGCGCCCCCAGACGCAGCCUCAGGCGCUACCCCAAGCGCUCCAUGAGACACCGUAUGCUAAGGAAACCCGAAUUGCCGGUCCUCGCACCCAGCCUCCGCAGUCUGUGCCUCAGAUGGAGGCAGAAACCCCUAAGCGUAACUCGUCCUUCAUCGGGCUGCCCCCGAUCAGGCGGGGCUCUACCUUUGGCUUGUCCUCCAAAGCCGCGCGUCCAGCCGCCGAGCGCUUUUCGCUUGACGAUUCUGACGAGCAUGACGUGACGCCAACCCGUUUCCCGGGGAAUAGCACGGCCGACACUGGAGCGGUACUCCCCAUAACAGAACCCGUCGGUACCCAUUCUGCAACAUCACGUCAACAAAUCGCCCUACAGAGCCAGAAGGCGCCUGCAAGGAUGUCGUUUGAUCCCGAUGAGCAGCCGCCUGUGGCUCCGCAAGAACAGUCGGAUCCAGCCGCCCCAAUGCAUCCACACGCUCCCAGUCACUCGGAACAGCACCAGCAGAACCCGUCGUAUGGCGCGUCACCUAUGAUACCACCCAAUAUGGUGGACAACCCAAUCCAGAAGCUGCCCCCUUCAGGACCCUGGAAACUCGAGGAGAGUCACCUGCAGGCGCCUCUCCAUCAUGUCGCCAGAAAUCGCGCAGGGACCGGCGACUCACAACAACGACCUUUUUUUGGUCACGACAAAGAGAUGGGUAUGGGCGUGCCUCUUCCCAUGUCCCCAGUCUCCCCGACGUCGCAGUCGAAGUCAAGGCAGAGGCCGUCCGAUGUACCGCCGUCGGCCGCGUGGCGACACCCGGAGCUGUUCAACCGCGGCGGCCCGCGGUCUCGAAGCAACUCGCAGACCAAUCCACUUUCGGGCCCGCAAUUCCCGGGCCGUCUCUCCCAAGAAAUGGCCAUCGCCCGCGCGGCAACGGGCGAUCCAGAAAUGAGUGGCCCGGCCAUGAGCGGUCCCCCAUUGAGCAACCCCCCAAUGAACAAUCCUCCAAUGGGUGGUCCUCCAAUGGGUGGUCCUCCUCCAAUGGAGGCCAGCGGAGACGACCGGGGCCGCAGGAAGAGCUCCGGCAUCUUCAAAGACUUCGGCAGCCGUUUCGCGCGGCCCUCAUCGGAACGUCGAGGCUCGACCAUUGAGCCUAGGGCGCAACAGCAGCCAACCGAGCAUGUUGGCGACGACGCGUCUGUGUCCAGCACCGGCCUCGAGGAGUUGCAAGAACGAAAAAAGGCAUCCAGGGGAAGUUUCCUGUUCAGUCUCCGAGGUCGUCCCUCGAUGGACCAUCCGUCGCAAAGCAGAGACAUGGCCGCGUCUCCAGUCCCGAGUCAGGCUUCGCUUCCAUCUCACCUCCACCCGGAUCAGGUUAGACCGGAUUCUCCUCAGUCCGAACGUAAGCCGUCUCGAUUCGGUACUGGGCUGGGAGCUGUUGCCGGCGCGCAAUUUAAGAGUAAACACGGUGGUCCUCCACGCUCGGCCACCUCCAGCAUGGUGAACGAGCCUGGAAGCACCGCGAACAGCAUGGCACCGCCGAAGAAGCGCUUCUCGGGAGCCCGGUCUGCCGUUGGGGGCAUCUUCCAUCGUUCUUCCAAUGCGGACGUAGCCCAGAACCCAGCGACGUCUCACGCUGUGCGACCCUCCACGGGUACUGAGCCGCCUGGAUCGCCUGGACCACAUGGACCACCAGGUUCCAUGGGUCCGCCACCACCCGUUGGAUUCAUACGGAGCAGUACCGCACCGCAAGAUCCGCCGGUCAUAUCUGGAGGAUCCGGAACACCGGUGCCCGACAGCCCCGAGCGUCGCAAAAGACGAGGUUCUGCUGCGGGUUUGAUAUCCGGAAUAUUGGGACAUGGGAAGAAUCGAUCUCAGGAUGGCGAGGUUGGUCCGCCCCCAGGACAAUCUCCUCCGGAACAAGCACCUCCUCCAGUACAACCGCCUCAGUUACAACUACGACCGUCACAGAAUCCUCUUGGACAAAAUCCUCCAGGAAAGUCUCCGUUGGGGCGGUCUCCUCUUGGACAGCCUCCCCUAAGACAGCCCUCCCUUGCGCAGUCCCAUCAAGGACAACCACCUCCAGGCCAACUUCAGGGACAGUUUUCCCAAGACAACCAGAGACAGACACCUGCAGAACAACUUUCUCCUGUGUCUCCUGGUCAGUCUCCCCCUGGCCAGUCUACUCGUGAGGGUCAUGGGCAGCUCUCUCCGGCACAGUCUCCUAUCCAGCAAUUUCCUUCUGGUCAGUUCCCUCCGGCGCAAUUUUCUCAGAGGAAUCAGGGACAGCCUCAUAUAGGACAGAGUCCUCCGGCGCAAUCUCCUCAAGCGCAAUCUCCUCAAGCAUGGCUGCCUCCAGUACGACUUUCUCCUGUGCAACUUUCUCCAGGGUACAAAUCCCCAGCGCAAUCAUCCCCAGUACAAUCACCCAUCGAGCAGCAUCGUCAGGCACAGCUGCCCCCGGUUCAGAUUCCUCAAGGACGGGUUUCUCCUGGACACGUUCCCCAAACACAACUACCCCCGGCGCAAUUUUCCCUUGGUCAGAUUCCAACAGGACAGAUUGCUCCGGGGCAAUCGCCUGUUGGACAGCCUCCUCAAAGACGUCAAUCUCAAGGACAACCUCCUCUCGGGCAGCCUCUUCAAGGACAGCAUCCUCAAGGACAAUUGCCGCCUAUUCAGGCUCUCCAAGAGCAGGUUUCUCCUGGACACAGUCCCCAAAGUCAACUACCUCUUAUGCAGCUUCCUCCAGGACAAUCGUCUCCAGUGCCUCAAUCUCCAACACAGCCACCAAUGUUGCGACGGAUGACGGGAACUUCUUCGCUAGACUCUCAGGCCCACGCAUCGCCUGAACGACCUUCGUCGAGUGAUGCCACCUUUGUGGAACCUGGCCGAGGUUUUGAAAGUGCUCAAAUGAACCAGUCCCAGGCGUCUCUUCGUCAACCCAAGCCUUCGCCGCUGCCACAAGAGUCACGCAUGACACCAAGGGAGCCCCAUAUAGUGCUAGGCCAACAGGAGUCAUCAGAGCCAUCAGUUAAUAUCGGACCGCCUCCGUCAGAUGAUGGCUUCAGGCUGCGAUCUGGCUCUCGCGGGGUGUCUCCAGCGCCAUCAGUCCCGAUUUCUCAUGCCUCCCGUCACCUUUCAAAGCAGUCUUUAGAUACGGCAAUGCAGGGAGGUGUCGCGGCCACAGAGCCACAACGACCUAUGGGUUCGCCCAGUUUGUCGUGGACCGAUGUCAGGAACGGCCAUGCACACAAGGAGAGCAGCGUCCGAGACUCCCUGCCCCAGUCUCCAGUUUCCCAAGUGUCAAGAACGGGACCUCCAUCCAUCGCCUCUUCUAACAUAGGCCAAAGCCCUCCCCUUACAUCGGCAGCACCAACUUUUAGUACGCGGGAAUCUCAACCCAGCACCCCUUCACUGCCCAUGGCGUCUACCACGCCAACAAUGCAGCAGCAAGAGCUCGGAACACGCAUGGCACCGCCACAGCAGCAGGGCCCUCCUUCAUUCCAGCAGCAGCAGCAGUAUCAACAGCAACAGCAGUACCAUCAGCAACAGAUGCAAUUGCAGCAGCAGCGAAUGAACUCGCAACAAGGAGGUGUCCCGGUACAAGCUAGCCAACAAAACCCCAACUUACGGGGCCCUCCCAGCGCUCAGACUAUGCCAAGUCCGUCAUCGCAGGUUUCUGUGCCUAUCACACGACCGUCAAUGCAAAUGCAGGGUCCUCUGGGACCUCAAGUCCCGCUGAAGGAUAACAUGACCCCCCCGCCGAUGAUGAAUGUUCCGGUUCGUCAAGACAGUCCCGCAUCUAAGUGGAAGGGCCUAAGAAGUCGAAUGUCUGGCCAAAUGGCACCCAAGCCACCUGCAACUCAAGGGAAACCGGAGACAGCAGAAAAGAGAACAAGCAAGCUCCUCGGUGCGUUCAAACGAAACUCCAAGACGCCUCAGCCGGGACAAGCUCCUCAGCCGGGACAAGUUCCUCCUCCGAGAUUCAUGCAGCUUCCCCAGGGACUUCCCCAGCAGGGAGUUACCCAACAAGGAAUUCCUCCACAGGGUAUUCACCCGCAGGGAAUCCCUCCUCAACGCAUGCAACAACAGAUGCCCCCUAGACAACAACAGCCGCAGCCACAGCAGCCACAGCAAUUCACGGGGCAGUCUCCCCAUCCACAAAGCUAUUCUCGUCGGCAGUCGUCGCAGUUUGGCAGUCCUCCGAUGGGACAGCAACAGUUCCCGCCCGUGACGGCCGCCAGCCCGCCCAUGGGACAGCAGCAGUUCUCGCCAAUGGCAACUCCCAGUCCACCCAUGAGACAGCAGCAGUUCCCACCAAUGGCAUCUGCUAUGGGACAGCAGGCACACCCAGCGGCACCGUCCGCGGGCCAUUCUAUGGGGCCGCCUGGGACAGCACAGAGACAACCUGGACCUCCUGGCCAGCCAGUUAUGAAUCCUCGUCAAGCUCCUCCUCAGGCCUUCCAGGGGCCAGCCCGACCCCAGCCACAGCAACCAGCACCGAGGUCUAACGAGCUUCAAUACGACCCAGUACCCAUCCCGCGUGGAUAUACUGCUGUUCAUGGCGAAGGAAUGGUUGCCCCUUCGCCGUACAAUGUGGGCCGGCAUAUGAACCCAGCACAUUUUCCCCAAGCCCAGCAGGUUCAUACCGCGCAGCAGGUCUAUCCGCAGCAGCAGCCACCCCCUCCGAUGACUUCCCCGCCGCUUUUACAGGGACAGCCUCCCGCCGAGCAGAUGUCGGUGCCCCAGCCGGUGCCCCAGCCAAUGUCCCAGCCAGCUCCCCAACCCAUGUCCCAGCCUACCUCCCCUCUUGGUGAUCACCGCGUCAGCGUUGACCCUAGGUCGCAGACACCUCAGGGAGGACAGCUUAGACAUACACCAACAGCGCCUGUUGGAAACUCCUUUGAUGCCACUCAGCAACCACGCCCAGAUUUAUCACGCUUGACAAGCGAUGACAGUGAUAGUAGCGGGAGCAGAAGCGGGAACAGAAGCGGGAGCGGGAGUGGGAGUGGAAGCGGGAGUGGAAGUGGGAGCGGAAGGAGCAGCGGAAGGAGCAGCGGAAGGAGCAACGCCAGCCCAAGAGUGGUUUCUUACUCGCCGCCGAAUAUGACUGCUACCAGUGUGAGAAGCAAUGGAACGCCGCCAACUUAUCAGGGGCAGCAUCAACCGCAGUCGAGUGAGAAUGGGUCAGUCAAACCUCAGAGCCCUGUCAAUGCCGCCACCUCGCCUAAUCUUGGCGUUGGAAUUAUGACGCCGGCGAUGCAACAGGGACCACCUGAGGACGACAGAGCCCGUGAUCUAAAAGGAGCCGAGGCGCGGACUAUCUCGCUGAGCCCUCCGAUAGGGACUGACGGCAAGGUUAGUCCGUCACACUCACACACAUACUCAACAUCCGGAGUGAGUGAUGUGGCGAGUGUGGAUAUGAAUACGACCAAGGACAAGACUGGAGCUAGCACUGAAGAGGUUGUUGGCGAAUCGACACAUGGGGUGAAGAAGGAUAUUAAUGAAGGAAGCCACAUCGGUUUCGAACGUGUAAAAUCACAGAAGCCGGGCAACGGAGUACCUAUGAGGAGCCGUACAGUAAAUCGCAAUGCGCCUGCGGAGCUGGAUGACACAGAAGAGGCUCACAGACGAAAGGUGCGGCUGGAUUCUCAAGAGGAGAAGAUUCACUACAACCCCGACGAGGACUCGGACGGGGAGGUGCCGGCUCAGAUGAGCGCGACAAGCUACCCAGGACAGGAAUGGAAUCCGUACGGGAUGCCCGAGUACGGAGAGUGGAACGAAUAAGGGGGACGAUGGUUGACAAGAUUGCUCAACUGCAAUUUUUUUUUUCUUUAUAUAAGCCUUUGGCUUUUGUCUCGUUACGGGAAAUUGGCGAAAGAGACGUUAAAACAUUUCCUUUGCGUUAGAUACCUUGACUGGUUUUCAUUGUUGUAUUCAGCCUAGCGUCAGAGACAAGGUUCUACCCCUUGCGAGAGAAAGAGAUAGUGGAUGGAUGUAAUAUACACAGAGGUAGAGAUGGCAUUUUGGUGUCUCAUAUACUACAACUACAUAGCCA